GGUGCUGCAGGCAGAGGCUGAGGAUGGCUCCUUUCCCACCCGCACUGGCUCUGCCGCUGCUGCCGCCGCUGCUGCUGCUGCUGGCGGCCGUUAACCCUGCCGACGCCAACGGCCACUAUGACAAGAUCUUGGCCCACAGCCGGAUCAGGGCCCGCGAUCAGGGCCCCAACGUGUGCGCCCUGCAGCAGAUCCUGGGCACCAAGAAGAAGUACUUCAGCACCUGCCGGAACUGGUACCAGGGGGCCAUCUGCGGGAAGAAAACGACCGUGUUGUACGAGUGCUGCCCCGGGUACAUGAAGAUGGAGGGGAUGCAGGGCUGCCCGGCAGUGAUGCCCAUCGACCACGUCUACGGCACGCUGGGCAUCGUGGGGGCCACCACCACGCAGCGCUACUCCGACAUCUCCAAGCUGCGGGAGGAGAUCGAAGGCAAAGGCUCCUUCACCUACUUCGCACCCAGCAACGACGCCUGGGACAACUUGGACCCGGACAUUCGCAGAGGUCUGGAGAGCAACGUGAAUGUUGAGCUGCUGAACGCUCUGCACAGCCACAUGGUCAACAAGAGAAUGUUAACCAAGGACUUGAAAAACGGCAUGAUCAUCCCUUCGAUGUACAACAAUCUGGGACUUUUCAUUAACCACUAUCCUAACGGGGUCGUCACCGUGAACUGUGCGCGCAUCAUCCACGGGAACCAGAUCGCCACCAACGGCGUGGUGCACGUCAUCGACCGCGUGCUCACCCAGAUCGGCACCUCCAUUCAAGACUUCAUCGAGGCCGAAGACGACCUCUCGUCGUUCCGGGCGGCCGCCAUCACGUCUGACAUCAUGGAAACCCUCGGCCGAGACGGCCACUUCACGCUCUUCGCUCCCACCAACGAGGCUUUUCAGAGACUUCCCCGAGGGGUCCUGGAGAGGAUCAUGGGAGACAAGGUGGCUUCCGAAGCUCUCAUGAAGUACCACAUCCUAAACACGCUCCAGUGCUCGGAGGCCAUCACGGGAGGCGCGGUCUUUGAGACCCUGGAAGGGGACACCAUUGAGAUCGGAUGCGACGGCGACAGCAUCACGGUGAACGGGAUCAAAAUGGUGAACAAAAAAGACAUCGUGACGAACAACGGCGUCAUCCACCUGAUCGACCAGGUCCUCAUCCCCGAUGCUGCCAAACAAGUCCUGGAGCUGGCCGGGAAGCAGCAAACCACCUUCACGGACCUCAUGGCCCAGCUGGGGCUGGCGUCCACGCUGCGACCCGACAGGGAGUACACCUUGCUGGCCCCCGUGAACACCGCCUUCUCGGAUGAUACCCUGCGCAUGGACCAGCGGCUUCUGAAGUUAAUUCUGCAGAAUCACAUCCUGAAAGUGAAAGUUGGCCUCAGCGAGCUUUACAACGGACAGAAACUCGAGACCGUCGGAGGCAAACAGCUCAGGGUCUUCGUGUAUCGGACGGCCGUCUGCAUCGAGAACUCCUGCAUGGUGAGAGGCAGCAAGCAAGGCAGGAACGGCGCCAUCCACAUAUUCCGAGAGAUCAUCAAGCCGGCAGAUAAGUCCCUCCACGACAGGCUGAAGCAGGACAAGCGCUUCAGCAUCUUCCUCAGCCUUCUGGAAGCUGCGGACUUGAAGGAACUCCUGACGCAGCCCGGGGACUGGACGUUGUUCGUCCCAACCAACGACGCCUUUAAGGGGAUGACGAACGAGGAGAAGGAAGUUCUGAUCCGCAACAAAAACGCCCUCCAAAACAUCAUCCUGUACCACCUGACUCCCGGCGUUUUCAUCGGGAAGGGUUUCGAGCCUGGCGUCACCAACAUCCUCAAGACCACGCAAGGCAGCAAAAUCUACCUGAAAGGAGUGAAUGACACACUGCUGGUGAACGAGCUGAAAUCCAAGGAGUCCGACAUCAUGACCACGAACGGCGUCAUCCACGUGGUGGAUAAGCUUCUCUACCCGGCAGACACCCCUAUUGGCAACGACCAGCUGCUGGACAUACUCAACAAGCUGGUCAAAUACAUCCAGAUUAAGUUCGUCCGCGGCAGCACCUUCAAAGAAAUCCCCAUGACUGUCUACACAACUAAAAUUAUAACCAAAGUUGUGGAACCAAAAAUUAAAGUGAUUGAAGGCAGUCUUCAGCCUAUUAUCAAAACUGAAGGACCCACCGUAACCCAGGUGAGCCUCGACGGGGACCCCGAGUUCAGGCUGAUUAAAGAAGGCGAAGCGGUAACGGAGAUCAUCCAUGGAGAGCCAAUUAUUAAAAAAUACACCAAAAUCAUUGAUGGAGUGCCCAUGGAAAUAACCGAAAAGGAGACGAGGGAAGAGCGGAUCAUUACAGGCCCCGAAAUAAAGUAUACCAGGAUCACGGCUGGUGGUGGGGAAACAGAAGAAACGCUGAAGAAGUUGUUGCAAGAAGAGGUCACCAAAGUCACCAAACUCAUUGAAGGGGGUGAUGGCCACUUAUUUGAAGAUGAAGAAAUUAAAAGACUGCUUCAGGGAGACACACCUGUGAGGAAGGCACAAGCCAACAGAAGAGUUCAAGGGUCCAGAAGGCGGUCCAGGGAAGAAGAUUCUCAUUGAGAACCCAGACCGGACGACAGCGUUUCCACAGCCCUGCCCCCCCGGCCCUACAGGAAGACGACAAGCGAGCGCCCCCGCGACUUCAGGAAACGCACCAGCACCCCCAAAAAGCAGCCACUGAACAGUGCCAAAUAAACACAAACUUAGUUUCUGUUUGAAUAGAGAACAGGAGGGAAAUUGUGGGUUAGCCUCCUGUGGGUGGGAACGGAGAGAAUCAGAACACAUUUCAGACUUUUACAGCUUGACAUUGGAAGUUCUGGCCGACCUGGCGAUCCAUCAGAGAAAACCCCACCACCGGCCUCCGUACAAUUCAACCCUCGAGUGCCGUGCCGCGUUCCCCUCCGGAAGACGGAGCCUUGAACUGACUGAGUGGGUAGAAAAAAUGCAGGCAAUCAGCCCCCCCCACCCCCAAUGGAAAGCUAAGCUAUGGAAAAGGGUGCUCAGGUCAAAAAAAAAAAUACAACUUUUACAUCAAAAGGUUUUGCACAUUUCUAAUGCAAUGUGGGUUUACCGGUAAAUUAUGUUACUUCUACAACUCAUUUUGUACUCUUGAAUGUUUGUCAUAUGCUUACUGCAAUGCCUAUUUUUUAUCUCAGACAUUUCCCUAAGACUGUUUUUCGGGUAUAAAGAGAAUUACUCCAAAUUUGGUAAUUCACAAAACUCUAGGUCUAAGUUAAUAAGUGGAUUGAACAUGGGAACAGGACUUUAUACCUCUUUUUAUAUCAAAUACUCAUUAAAGGAAGUUGAAUAAA